GCCUCUUUCGCCACCGGCCUCGCCCCAGCUGAAACAUAUGGAACCGCAAUUAUCAUUCAGUGUCGCGGCUCUACUGGGGGAGAAGCUUUCAGACCAAUCGGUGAAAUCCAGGCGGAAAGACGAAGAGAAUGCGAGCUCUCGUCCCAUUUUACCGCCUACCCCUCAGCCUUCCGAUUCAGAAGAAGAUGAACCACCCCGAAAACGGCGAUGCGUUGAGCAAUGCGAACUAGCGAAGCUGCUGCUAGACGGCACGCCGCCGCCAAGCCCAGAGCCAGCUCGGGUUUCGGUAAUAAUGCGUGCCAAUCGAGACGGUACUUGCAGUCCGGCCAAUCUCACCGGGUGCCCCGUGACCAGCGGCCAAUUGGUACCGCGCGAUUCGCCCGCGCGACAGCCGCCCAGUCCACAGGCGAAUGUGCGAGCGAACGUAACGGAACCGGUGGAGAACGUGUUGCGCAGUCUGAAGUUCAAAAUGAGCCUACGCAAAGAGGAGAUCAUUGUGAACAGCAAGAAUACUGAUCGCGAGAAUCACUAUCAGCAGCAGCAGCAGCAGCAGCAACAGCAACAGCAACAGUAUCAGCAACAACAGCAGUUACCCAGAUUGCAACCCCUCGCGCCUAAGCCCGCGCCCAUUGUGGUAACGGGCCUGUUGGGUUCACCCCUGGUUUUACCACGAGCGCCCCUUCUGUUAGUCGCCAGUGCGACGCCGACCGCGACCGUAACGACCAGCACCAUAACGACGACGAGCACGGCCGCGACAGAGACGCGGCGCCGCGUUUACGAGUGCGAGCAUCCGGGCUGCGGCAAGAACUAUUUCAAAUCGUCACACCUCAAGGCUCAUACGCGCACCCACACCGGCGAGCGGCCGUUCCCGUGCCCGUAUGAGGAUUGCAGCCGCCGCUUCUCGCGCAGCGACGAGCUGUCGCGUCACAAGCGCACGCACACCGGCGAGAAGAAAUUCGCCUGCGUCGUGUGCCAAAGGCGGUUUAUGAGGAGCGAUCAUCUGGCGAAGCACGUGAAGCGUCACGCCAGAGACAAGUCCUCUACACCAUCUUCCUCCAAUGGUCAGAUUACCGCCUCUCAAAUGACCCCGACACCCUUAAGGGUGAGUCUGUUGCCGGUGCUGGCGCCGCGAUUAACGCGAUCCGUUCAACAACUGGUACCUCCUCAAUUGGCAGCUUGAAGAACGCUCGUUCGUAAUCGCUGAGGAAGCUAUAUUUUGCGCCCCCCUCCCCUCUUUCACGUGCAUGUCUCGAUUAGAUUCCUGGAUUCCAGUAUACAAUGCGGCAUAUGCAAAUAAAGAACUCGAGAGCUCAAGACGGAAGAUUAUUAAGGGCAAGAAUUAAGGCAUCUAACACAUAUGUUUUCAUCGGGAUGGAAAUCCCAGAUAUAAAAGAUAUAAAAAUAUCUUUUGAUAUCUUCCGCUGAAGUAUCAUUAAUUGGAAAUACGAGUGAAAAUUGAUCUAUCUAGCAUAAUUUGAUCAAUUGAAGGAGUAUUUUACAUGAUAGAAAAGAUUCCAAUGUUAUUUUAACAUGGGGAUUACUGGGAAAAAAUGGAACAAAUCAAGUUUAAUUUGAAAGGAGGAUAGGAUGAACUAUAUUUAAAGAGAUGGAACGAAGACGCGAAGCGGCGAUUGAGCCAUCGCGCUCAAGGGACUUUAUCUCUACCCGUAAACCGAGUACCUAAAUGUGUCUGUGAUUUGUGACACGUGAAGGCUAAUGUGUCGUUCAAUCGAGAAUUUUUGCUUUUGCUUUUCACGAGUCACUCGCGGAGAGUCGGACUCGCUUUCGCAGCGCGAUUAUUCAGCACUAAAUGCGACCGCGUGUACGCUCUUUCAGUUCGGAACAAUAUGGAAAUGUAAUCGUUGCGUUAAACAGAUUGUACGAAUAUGAGCAAUCGCAUUUAAUAUUAUAUAAUAUUAUAUAUGAGAUAUAAGAACGAAUUGGAAAUGUCCAAAGGUACUGUUUAAAAUCGUCCGAUUUUUUGCUGGUUGGAGAUCUUGCAUAGGCGAUACAUAAAUCUAAAAGUUACUCCAAAGCUAUUCCCAUUUUUUUCUCGGACAGUUUCUCCAAACCGUUUUAGAUUUUUGCAUUGUCUAGCUUGCUAACCAUAUAUGUAGCUGCUCUCGAUAAAAAGAGCUUUUUAGCAUGUUGACCGAGAGGCAGAAAGAAUAUUUAUUUAUGAGAAAACAAGAUAUUACUAAUUCAUGUAUAUAACGGUUAUGUACAGACUUCUAAGAUUAUGAUCGAGACUAGUUGUAUAUAUUAAAUAAUUAUAUAUUAAUUAAAUGGAUAAUGUAGGAGUGGAUGCAACAACAUUGUGGAGAUCUACAUUUAGUCAUUGAUUCUGU